UGUAAAUUGAUAUCCACCUAUGGGGUCGUGUAUUUGUAAGUGGUGCCAAGUCAAGAUGGAGGACCAGUGAUGAGUACUACCGGAGUUUUCUGUAUUUCUGGCCGGGAAAACAGGCGCUAGAUCUGCGUAUGGGCGCCUCGACGUGAUGCACCGCACAAACGGAGAGCUUCCCUUGCCGCCAGGGUGGCAGGAGGCGCGCGAUCUGGACGGAAAAGUCUACUUUAUAGACCACAACACCAGGACAACGACAUGGGUCGACCCGCGAGACAGGCACACAAAACCACAGACUUUUGCAGACUGCAUAGGAAAUGAGCUGCCAUUUGGGUGGGAGGAGGUGUACGACCCUCAGGUAGGGGUGUACUACAUCGACCACAACACAGGCAACAACCAGCUGGAGGAUCCGCGUGAACAAUGGAGAGGAGAACAGGAGAGGAUGCUUAAGGACUACCUGGUCACCGCGCAUCAGGCGCUGGAGUGCAAACAAGAAAUCUACAACAUCAAGCAAGAAAGAUUGGCACUGGCACAAGAUGAGUUCCAGCACCUAAAUGACGCCCUCCAUGGCUGGAGGUCAAGUACUAGCUUGUGUUCCUCCUCAUCUACAGCCAGCACCAAGUAUGACCCCGACCUGCUCAAGGCAGAGGUGGCCACCGCCAGAACACGGGUUGGAAGACUUAAGAGAGAGGUGGACCAAAUGCGGUCAGAGCUGUACUACAAACAGAAGGGGGUGGACACACUACAAGCAGUUGAAGCGAAGAUGGUGAACGGGCACGGUAACUACCAGCGGGACGAGGCCCAGGCCAUCAUGGAGGAGCUGCGGGCCAUCCAGAAGAACCUGACCCUGCGGGAGAAGGAGAAGGCGGACCUGAUGCAGUCCCUGGCGCGCCUCAAGGAGCUGUUCCGGGGCAGCGCAGAGAACCUGCAGGCCAGCAGCUGUUCCCUCAACCUGUAUGACAGCAGCAGCUCGCUGGCAGCCAGGUCCAACACAGCCUCGCAGACAGACGUCACAGGAGAGUCAUUCCAGUCGCUAGGUGCCAAGCUAGCAGAGAGAGCACGGCUCAGGCUACAGUACGAUGAAGCCAAGAGAAGAGUGGCGAGAUUACAAACGGACCUUGCCGAGAUUGAUGACCAGGUGUUACCGGGCGUGGCGGACUGCGACAAGGACCGCCUGCUCCUUAUCUCCGAGAAGGAGAAGCUCCUCAAGGAGCUGAAGAGCGUCAACCCUCGGAAACGGACGGAGGAGGACCGUGAAAAGCUGGCGGAUAAGAAGCGCCACCUAGAGGAGGAACUGAACAAUGCAAAGGAGAUGUCAAACAGGGUCAUAUCUGAUAGGUUAAAGUUGCAGGAGAAGAGGAACACACUACUGCAGCAGCUGCAGGAAGCCACCAGGCUGCUCACAUACCUGGAAACACAGAUCAAGAGCAUUUCAACAAGCACGCUGUCCAUUUCCUCUGGGUCGUCCCGAGGGUCGUUAAGUAACGCGUCCAGCCGGGGUUCCCUCUCGGCCGCGUCCAGUAAAGGCUCGCUGAGCUCCCUCAGCUUCACCGACAUCUACGGAGCUCCGCAGAAUGAUAUCAGCUUUAGAGACCUCAACCAGAAGGUGGAGGGCCUGUUACAACAAGGAGGAUUUAUCGAGAGAUUCCGAACGUCGAUUUCCCCCAUCCACGAGAACCAGGUGUCGGGAGCCUCCUCCACAGACACGCCCAUUUCCCAGGGACCAACUCUUCAAAUUAAUAGCAAACCGAACGACACGCCCAAGUCGUUAACCUCGUUAUCGCCACGCUCCUCGUUAUCUUCCCUCUCCCCGCCCGGGUCGCCCUCGGGGGCGGACGCCGUCGGCGCAGCGGACUUGUUUCCCGCGGUGGGCGGCGGGGACUUCGACCAAUCGCAGGUGGAAGCCAAGCUGGCGGAACUCAGACUGAUGGAGGCGCAGGCGAACCUGGAAAACUCGCCCGACGGGAACAGCUGCCCCGCGAACGCGAACACAGACUCCUCGAGAACUGUCGGGUGCAGCACGGACUUGGAACUGGACUUCUCGCGACCCAUGGACAUUAACAACAUUAUCAACAGCCCCCUGAGUCCUAUUAGUGAGGGGAUAGCAGGUGUGGACUUCCCUGAGUCGGAGGAGUCAGCGCACCUGUCCGCGGGAAACCCUCGCAGCGUCUCCGCUGCCAUCUCGGACGAGUCUGUCGCUGGCGACAGCGGUGUCUUCGAGGCUUCCACAAAAAGGCCGGGGGAGAUGGACGAGGUAUUCUGCGACAAUGAGAUUAAUCUAGAAUCAGCACAAGUACAAGUAGGACUCAAGUACGACUUCACAGAAGGCCAGUUAAGCAUCCGAGUGGAACAGAUUCGUAACCUCUCAGCAUUAAACGUGGAGCAGGGCAACCAGAUUUGUGUCCGUGCGGCCCUGCUGCCCUGCCCGCCCAACGCCAACUUCACCUUUGCCACCAAGCCGACCUCUGACCUUGCCAACCCGGUGUUUAACGAGCUGUUUGCUCUGCCUGUGAUGGAGAACACGCUCUACACCAAGACGCUGCAGAUGCACAUCUGGGCCCUCAGCACUGAGCAGGAAGAGGACUGUCUGGGCUGUGCCCAGAUCAGCCUGGCAGACUUUGACGCCACGUGCGGACCGGCGGGCACGGUGCGGUGGUACAACCUCCUCAACUUCAAGUUCCUGCAGUGCGAGAGCCGCAAGUGCAGCGGGGGCUCCCUGUCCGACAGUCCACAGGCCUCCACUCCUGUGAUCCUGGAGGAGCCGGCUGAGCAGUCUGACUCGGUGAGUAGUGAAGUGAGCAGGCCUCACCCCACCAUUGCAGAGGAGGACGUCGCGCCAGCCGCGCAGGACACACAGGACAGCUCCCUGCACAGGGGCUCCCCCUUACAGAUCAUCGAGGAAGUGCAGCAGGCGGGGUUAGACGACACGCUGACGCCCCGGGGAGGCAGCGACACGCCCACGCCGCAGGACUGUAAGAGGCUGGCUCAGGAGGAGGGUUCGCCGUCACGAGAGACGGACACGCCAACACCAGGCAGCCAACCACAGACAGGAACACAGCCCACGCUGGAGGAUAUUGUCAUGUGUGAUAAGGAGACCAACACAGAACAGCUGCUGUCCCCAGACGAUGCUGUCCACAAGGGCAGAGCCAAGCGCAGCGACCCCCUGAGGAACAGCACGAUCGUCCGCUCCAAAACCUUCUCGCCUGGCAACCGUGUCAACAAACAGUCGGGACAGUACGUCUGCAAGUUGAACCGUAGCGACAGUGACAGCUCCAUGCCGCAGUACAAGAAGGGGCCGUUCAUCCGCAACUCCAUGGAGAGAAGAAGCAUGAGAUGGAAGAAAAACAUGCAACAAGCUGCAUCGAAGGCCCAGAAGGACAAGAACAGCAAAAGGACGUCCUUAGACCUGGAGCUGGACCUGCAGGCUUUCCGCACCAAACAGGCUCAGAUCGAGGAGGAGAUCGUGCGUCUUAAGGAGAUCAAGCAGCGUCUGGAGGAGCACCAGACCCGGGGAGACGGCCGGCUGCCCAACUGGGUCAGCGAGAACGAGCUCAUGCAGAGACUUCUGGUCGACGCCGAGAAACAGCUGGCCCGGAGAAUGGGGGAGUGCGCAGAAGAGGAGAGGAAGAGACAAGACUUCUUAAAACGAGCCAAUAAGGAGAUGGCGCGCCUCCGCAAACAGAGCAGCAAGGACCAGCCUGAGAAGGCUUCCUUCAGGGAGAAGAUGGCAUUCUUCACAUCAGUCAACAUUAACGUGCCACUGCCAACCUUGCCGGCUGAUGACGUUUGAUUGACACACGCCAAUCAAUCAAUCCAGAUGUACAUGUCAAAAUUUGUGAUAAACAGAUUGGAAAGUCGGGUCUCGCCUCCCCCCUGCACAACAAAUGGUACAGUCGCAUACUCAACGUGUGGUUUUGCUUUCGGAGUGUACCAUUGUGCAGGAGGGGAGGUGUCUCCCUCACACGGACUGACUAGUCAGGUUUGAUUCUUGUAAAGCUGGGACAAAAAUGAAGACCCAAAUCGGCAGAGUUUCACACGAUAUGUGAUAUUCUGAGCUGACUGGUCAGUACCUUUCUUGUACAGUUUCCCUCACUAAUCAUUGUACAUAUAUACAAGAGUAUGUAUACAUAGCAGUAAUUCUUAAUGGUUUUUGUACCAUACAGUCAAUGAUAUCAGUUGGGAUACCCUAGAUAAUGUAUUAUUCACAUGCAGAGAAAAAUUCCCCACUUAGAUAGUAGGGAGACCCACCUGGUGAUAGUGGUUGGCCCCGAUAUGGUCCAAUCAUCAUGCCACAAAUGACUGCCUUUGGGCCCAAGCAUUUUUCUAGAGGGGUGUGACGGAUAUAAUUCACCACAGGAGGAGAGAGACGAGUCUUGUUAAGUAGCUAGGCGAUUUUUUUGUAAAGUGUUGUACGAUUUUUUAGGCACCUUUCUCGGGUGUCCUGAAGGCAGUUGUAAGUACGUAUGUAACUUGCUAGUAGUGUACAUUUUUACCACUGGAUGCUCUACAACUCCUUUGUGUUGUCCCAUCCCCCCCAUACCUCACAAACAAUAUUGCAGUUCCUGAAAUAUUGAUAAUAUACAGUUUAGUGUUGAAGCCAGGAAUCAGCAGAUGUUGAUGUUUUAAGAUAUUUGUAAUGUGCCUCAUGCGAAUCUAUGUACCUAGCUGAGUCAGAAUUAAGUCUGGCGGUCCAGGAUGUGUUUCAUAUCAAAGUGCUGUAUCACUCCAUUCAUUUUGUAUCCGCUUUUUGUACAGACGUGCCUAUUUCUACUAUAAUUCCAUAUUUAUUACAUCAUGUACAAACAACAUAGUCCUCUGUGAGUGCUCAUAACUGCCACCCCUGUCUUAUUGGUACAAUCCAGCUACCUUGUCUAACGUUUUUUUCAGCUGGAUUAGUUUGGGGAGGGGAAGGUGGCCGUUGUGAACAUAACACAAGAGGUACAUGUAAAUGCUGCGUUAGAACUUACAGUCUUUUUAAUUCAAGAUGCAUGAAGGACAUCCCAAGAGAACACAUGUACGUAUCCUGCUCUGUCCACCACAAUGGAACAAAAUUCAUGCCUUCAAUAUUCAAAGAAAAUAGUGUAUAGGCCAGUAUACUUUAUUACCUGGGACCACCUCAAUUGCCAUUGCAGCAAGGACUACAGUGCCUUUCUAUAUCCAACUACCCUGACGUACGUUUAGAUUUAAAUUGUGUAAGUCUGUAUUAACUGGAAAUGGGUUUGCUAUGAAAUACUGUAGGAAUUCCCAUAUGCACUGGUUCAAUGAAAAUGACUUUUCCUUGCCCCAAUAUUGGAUAUGAUCAUAUUUGUCCAUACUUAAGUAGGGAAAUAUUGUCACAAGCAAUCCUUUAUUAUUACAGUUGUGUGAUGAUAAGUAGAGAAGAUACAGUAGCUUGCAUUCUCAAUUGUAGCAUACUUGAUGUCGCAAUGCCCAAUUGUUACAUUUAGAUUGCAACAUUGUGUCACAACCAUGGCCUACUGCAGAUUACCAAGUAGAUGUUGGAAGGGAAGGUUUUAAUGUUUUCUGGCAGCCCAACUUUUGUAUUAGGAAAACAGGACAGCCAAAAAACACCACAAUCUUCUCUCCCGACACCUGCUUGAAAAUUACCCUUCUUACUCAUGUUGUAAACCAGAUCGUCUCCUAUCACACAUCUUGAGGUUUUCCCAGUUUUAAGUCUGUCGUUAAGACGCACCAGAAGUUGUAGGAAUUGUUUGGCCAUGCGAAGGUGUCCAGGUGGCCAGGACUCAUGUACACUCCUCCCUACUGUAUCCUAAAUUAAAAUAUGACUUUUAUAUUUUGCAUAACAA